CUCACACCGACGUAAGCGGCUGCUAAAACCAAGCGUAGAAGAAGUCGAUUGCUGCUUGUAACUACAGAGGGCUGCGGAACUUUCUCGAUAAAUAAAGUUACAGCCAUGGCUUUCAACCCGAUGCUCCAGGAGUGCAUCAAAACAGCCGAGGAUCUGCUGAAGCGAGUGGAUCUGCUGUGUAGCCACCAGAACCAGGAAGUGGAAGGUCGCGCCAAAUUGUGCAGCAAACUCCGUGCCGAGCUGAAGUUCCUGCAGAAAGUGAAAGCUGGGCAGGUCGCAAUCAAAGAGUCUCACCUGCAGAGCACCAAUCUGACUCACCUGAAAGCAGUGGUGGAGUCGGCCGAGAGCCUGGAGAACGUCAUUAGCGUUCUGCAUGUGUUCGCGUACGAGGGUGCAGAGGGACGGAAGCAGACACUUGUGGUGGACGUAGUGGCGAACGGCGGGCACACGUGGGUGAAGGCAAUCGGACGCAAAGCGGAGGCGUUACACAACAUAUGGCAGGGCCGAGGGCAGUACGGUGACAAAAGCGUAAUCCGGCAGGCGGAAGAUUACCUUGAGGCCAGCCAGCAGCAGCCCAUCCAGUACAGCAACCCGCACAUCAUCUUCGCCUUCUAUAACGGCGUCUCCAGUCCUAUGGCUGAUCGACUCAAAGAGAUGGGCAUCUCCGUCAAAGGUGACAUCGUCGCUGUGAACGCUGUAGUUGGAUCAGAUGAGGAUGAAGAAGAGGAUGACGAUGAUGAUGAUGACAGCGAUUCCACAGAGGAUGAGCCUGACGUCGAAGAUGGUGAUGAUGAGGGUGAGGAUGAUGAUGAUGAUGAAGUACAGCUCAUGAACACCCGCGUGGACCGAGACACUGUUGUGGCAAGCCUGGCGUUCCCAACCGACGUUAAGGUAACAGAGUGUCCGCGAGUAAACCUCGACAUCACUACUCUCAUCACGUAUGUGUCGUCUCUGAGUCACGGAAACUGCCACUUCACCUUCAGGGAGUAUGUUCUGACCGAGCAGGCGGCUCAGGAGCGCCAGGAGAAGGUGCUUCCAAAGCUUGACGCCUUUAUGGAAGGAAAGGAGCUUUUCGCGUGCCACUCGGCUGUGCACGACUUCCGCACCAUUCUCGACACGCUCGGUGGGCCGGGAGAACGCGAACGAGCCGAGAAGCUCUUAGCCAGGCUUACCGUCAUUCCCGAUGAGCCCUCGGAGCGCACGCAGCGACUUGUCGCCAGCUCCAAGGUCAACCAUAGGUCGCUUAUGAUCUUCGGUACCGGCGAUACUCUCCGCGCCGUCACUAUGACCGCUAACAGCGGGUUUGUGCGUGCUGCUGCUAACCAAGGCGUUCGCUUCAGUGUGUUCAUCCAUCAACCCCGAGCGCUGACGGAAGGCAAAGAAUGGAGAGCCACGCCCAUAUGAUGGCCCAAAAGUGCGAACUUAACCGAUCAAUCGAUCAUGCCAGAAGUGUGUGGAAUGACGUACAAUAGCACUUUAAAUGAUGUCUGAUUUACUCCAAACAGUUGCACGAGGCAGUUUUCGUUCUUAUGCUUUUAUACAGCUGUACAGAAGGUCACACAGCUGGGCUGCUAAUACAGACAGCAUUUAUGCAGCAUGAUUUUUUUUUCCAUUUCUAAACUCAGUGCCUCAAUUUAAGUUUGCAAAAACUGCAGACAAACCAAAAGACAUGCUGAAAUAUAAUGUCAAAAUUCAGAACCACAGUUAUAGAACUAUUUGUGUUUUUGCAGUCUUUAUGCUUGGAUGUGCUUCAUGGAAGUGUCAAUGUGUAUAUAAUUGUUUUUGUUUGUUUGUUUGUUCUGCAAAAAGUUCAAAUAAACAUUCAUAAAAA